UCUGACGGAGGUCGAUAUUAGGGGGGGGAGGGGUCGAUCACCGCAGUCAUUGGUGCGGUCAUGAUGACGCCUGGUCCGCACUUGGCCCCGACAUGCCGGCGAUGAAGACUUUCAGAGGGCAUGCGACGCCAAUGGAAGCCCGAGAUGCCUUUGAGAGAGCUGCCUAUAGACGAUAUCCUGGACGCUCGAAGGAGGACGGCCGGCCCAUUGGUAACCAUCGUCGACUGGCCCUGCUGACUGGCAGCAACGGGGUUCACAUUUGUCUCGAACGACCCAGGAUGCUGCCAGCGCACCCCGUCUUCCCCGCAACCCAAGCUCGGGGAUGCGAAUUGGAGGGGAAGAGGGGGCGUGGACAGGGACCGGCUGAAUUGGACGGGCGUGACAGAAUGAAUCGCGGGCAGCAGGCAGCAAGAUGUGGCGUCUCAUCCGAUGAGCCGGGAGCGUCGAAACGCGCGAUGCCAUGCAAGGGCCGAAACAGUGGUGCUGUGUUCCCACCGUAUAAACUACAAACCGGAGAGAGAGAGAGUGGGUGUGAAUGGGCAAUCCCACUCGGUGGUCUAUGCUGUCGACCAGAUCCGUCGUGGUCCCUUGACAGGAUACUCGCCGCGAUGGUUGGAGGAAUGCGUCUCCUGGAUGACCUUGAUAGACCAAGCAGCAGCAGCCGCAUCGCCAGAUACUGACCUGAUGCCGUAACACCGAGUGCCGGUGGCAGCUGGACCGGUCACGAUCCGCCGCCAAGCCGGGGAAGAGGCCGUCACUGAGUCGUUGGUGUUCGUUGUAACCCUAUGCGUAGAGCAUUCCAAACCAGCCGCC